AUGGAAGGCAAGCGCGGUGGUAGUGUCUCUCAGGGCUCUGCUUCCCGAGGAGGCAAGACACCGGAGAGUCGGGGCAGUGACGAUGAUCGCGCCGAUGGAACGGACGAGGGACCAGAUGGGUACCGUUAUAAACCAGAUGGCUUGAUGAAGCAGUCUUUCAGCAUCACGACAUCCAAUGGUCAACAUUUGCAUCUCAUUAGCUAUUAUUCACGGUCCCACCCUUCUGCCGCCAACCUACAACAACCAACUUCGGAUCCUGCGCUGCGUCAUGUUCGACCCCAGAAGGGUCUCUAUCCCGAGUCGACAGUCAAUGAUCAGCAAAAUCUCCCCGUCGUUACCCGUGGACCUAUGCCAGGCGCUGCUUAUCCCAUAACUCCUCAUCCCCUCGGCGCAUAUCCGCGUGUCACUCAUACACAACCAUACCCGCCUGCCUAUGCUUGGCCACCCACCCCGCUAGCCACACCCCCUACGGUCUCGGUUCAAUACGGCCCCGGUCCCUCUUAUCUCCCCCCGGUAGGUGCCAAUGGACAUCCUCAUUAUGGCCCGCCUCACCAUCAGCCUCCUCAUCAACAUGGCGGUGGACUCCCACCACCUCAACACGGGAUGACAGGCCCAUAUGAUAGACCACCUCAUAUGGAAUCAUCACUACCUCCAACUGGACCGCCGCCGCAGCAAUCAAGCUACAUGAACCGAUCACCGCGCUCAAUACAUGACCAUGCUCACGCCCACGCCCACGCUCAAGCCCAAGCUCACGCUCACGCUCAAGCUCACGCUCAAGCUCACGCUCAAGCUCAUGCUCAAGCCCAAGCUCACGCCCACGCUCACGAGCAACGCACCUCGCCUGUCUAUGGACAUGCUCUAGUUGAUCAUCGCAUCACAUCACCGCGAGCACCAGUCCAGCCUUUGGCGCAGUCAAAUGGACACGCGCACAGCCCUCACCUGGUGAAGCAGGAGCACCCCGCCGCAUUGCCCUCUCUCAACCCUAUUGCCGUGUCACCGAAGUCUUCUGAUCCCGCCAGUGCUGGAAAUGCAGUUCCAGGCAUCAACUCAUUAAUGAACGGUGCAGCGCUGGCUCCUCUUUCCUCAACGACUGCCUCUCCCGGUGGCCCUCUACAGAGCUCGAACGGAAUCUCGACACAGAGCUCUUUCACUGAGGGGCCACGGGACAUUCCUAAUGAGAAGAUCGGAUUCGGAGGGGAGGACACGAGAGCGCUGCGCCAGCUGGAUCGCGCCUUUAUUGCAUGA